CUUAUCAUUGUUAAAACAGGAUAUCAAUGAAGAUAGUAUUCAGAAUUAAUCUUCAGUCCGGCAGAAGGGGAAACCCCCGAGAAAGUCGAAAGGGUCAGUACAAAUAAGAUAAGUUGGACACUAACGGUCAGUAACAGAACGAUUCGCUAACCAGUAAAAUGCAUAUGGGUGCGUCCACAGGACGGGCUUUCAUCUGUCUAUUCGUAUAUGUUAUAUGGACGGUGACCGGUAAUACAAGCACAAACACAACAGAAAAUAUGCCACGAAAUGUUUCGUGCCCAGUGCUUUGCCGCUGUGCAUACACGCCAUCGGCAAGACUGCCGCUGACCGUAGAUUGUUCUAACCGUUUGGUUGGUCACAUGCCCAGGGAUAUACCGCUUCAAACAAACGUCCUGGAUCUACGCAACAACGAACUCUCGGAAAUACCAGCCCGAGCAUUCUGCCACUUAAAACAACUGGCGUUUCUGUUCUUAGGAAACAACAUGGUAGCAAAGUUCGAUAAGGAUAGCUUUGCAGGUUUAACCGCGCUGGAGCAUUUAGAUUUGUCCCCUCUGUAUUAUGGUAUGAAUUUCGAUUAUGAGUCGCUACCUCCGUCACUAUUCUACGAUUUAACACAACUGAGAGUUCUUAUAGUGGAGAACAUGAACACCAAAAAUCACAUCCAGCGAGAUUUUAUUGACCGUACAAUGGCGCCUUUACAUCGAUUAGAGCAACUUUCCCUUCCCUACUCACCCCAAGGUAAUUGGAUCUUAGGGCCAGGCUACAGCAAUCUCACGUCCCUAAAAACACUAACUUUUCAGGGGACGAAUUCGAUAAAUGGGACGCAACUCAAACGACUAACCUUUGAUUCGCUGAAAAACUGUCCUAUCGAACGAUUGGCUUUCAAAAUCUGCGGGAUUGGCUCUGUGGAACCUGGCAUCAUGGUGUCAUUCCCACGUUUAAAAACCCUGGCUUUAGAGUGUAGCAAUUUUCACUCAGGGAAGAGUGUUGAGGAUUUUUUAUGCGAUCUUAAAACUACUUCCAUUGAAAAUCUUCUCAUCAAUGAUAUAUUCCAAAUUCGAAUGCCCCCAAAGUGGACGAUUAAAGCAAACAGUUUUGAAUGCUUGAAACAAAAACUUAUAAAGACAUUGGAAUUAACAAAUAAUAAUAUAGAUGAAUUUGACCUAAAUAAUAUGAACUAUUUCUCUCAUUUAGAAAACGCAGACCUUUCGUACAAUAGCAUUUUCCGUGCUCCUUACAAUGGAGUGCAAAAAAUUAUUCCAGAAGCAUUAAUUUUUAGCCUACCAAUAUGGAACCUGAAAUACGUUAAAAUGGACAACAAUGUUAUUCAUGAUGAUAGAGUACCACCACGGUGCGCAUUGUCACAUUCUUUUUGGCACGGUCACCCUAAAAUAACGUCCCUAAAUGCUGAUUAUACCCACCAAAUUUCCAAUACAUCCAGUGAGACUAUACGCAAACCCACCGAUCGCAUGCCGUCACCAAUUAUUCGUUUGAGUGUGCCUGAAAAUUUGGAAUUUUGGUCAACAAGCUGGUUUCUGAAGUGGAACUUCGGCAGUUCCGAUUGCGACACUGAAACGGGAAGCAUUGUCAUUGGUCCAAAUAAGCUACGCUACAUGAUAUUAGUUGACAUUGGGUUCAAAAUUUUAUGUCAAGAGAUCUAUGGACUGGACCGCCUGGAAUAUUUAGACCUAUCGCAAAAUGGCUUGCACUUUCCUCCAAAGAAUUUUUUCAAUCAUUUUCCAUCACUGACAUAUUUGAAUCUAAGCAAUAACGAUUUGGGGUCUUUAAUUUCGAACGGGGGACUGUCUUCCUUUAAAACUCCAAAUUUAGAAACCCUAGAUUUAUCACAAAACAAAAUCAGGACGAUUCCAAAGGACUUCUUUGCUUCUCUCGUUGCCCUGAAGAAGCUGAAACUGAGCGGAAAUCGUCUUGCAACAGUGUCCUUUAGCCUGAUAAACCUGGUUUCCGUGGAAUACAUAGAUCUUAGUGUCAACCAACUGAGCGCUUUCUCGUCCAAGGAACUGGACUUGAUCGGAUAUUUUAACUCCAGCUCUGAAGUCGUUUUGAACAUGCGCAACAAUCCGGUCACGUGCCUCGGUUGCGAUGGGGCAGAAUUCUUCAGGUGGAUUACCGACUCGAACGUGACAGUAACCUUCUCAGAAGACUCGAAUUGCACGACAAAUGGCACUAAAACUGACGUGAAAAGGAUAUUGAGAAGGAUCCACAAGGAAUGCGACAGAAUUCAACAGCUGAUAGUUUCGCACAACCAGUGGAUGUCGCUCGGAGUAUCUCUACUUAGCUGUGCUGCAGUAGUGUGUGGAUUGGUAACAGCGUACGUAUAUCGAUGGAAUAUCAAAUAUCGCUUGUACAUUCUGCGUCGUCGGCUACGCAAACGAGGGGUCACCACUACCCCACCCGGUCACGUGUACAUCUCCUACGACGACAAUGACUACUGCUGGGUGAUGAACGAACUGCUACGUCACCUGGAAGAAGAGAAUGAGCUUGACGUCAUAAUAGAUCAGCGAGACUUCAUUGGCGGAGCGUCGUUAGCGGAAGCCAUUGCUGAAGGCGUGGACAACAGUCGGAAGACAGUGCUCGUGCUUUCGGAGAGUUAUGUUGCCAACCCAUGGUGUGAGUUCGAGUUCCAGAUGUCACUGGCUCGCGGGUAUAACUCUGUCAUACCAGUGAUGUUUCAACCUGUGCCAUUUGACAGUAUGACGAAAUCACUGCGGAAGUACAUAAAGGCUAGGGGAUACAUAAAGUGGACAGGUAGCCGAGAGGGGCAACUGUUAUUCUGGAAGCGUCUGACAGAGGCCAUUUUUAGUUCAGAUAAUCAGAGAAUUCAAACUGAUUUAGAUGACAUGGGAUAAAUGUAAAAAUAAAGAUUUUAAUAUGGUAUUAGACACCUUUUACAAAAUCUAGAGAACCGACUUUAAAAAUGUUUUAGAAUAAUCAGCAAUAUUAUACCCGCUUGAUUAGAAGAAAUUUAUACCUAACUUUAUGCAGCUUAAUAUUUGAUUGUGCUAUGCAGAUGCAGUUGUGUUAAGCGACUGAAAUACUAUUGUCACGCAGACGAAACAUGGCCAUACUUUCAAAGAGUAGUGAUGAUAUAAUGUAAUUUUAUUGCAUAUGGGAAAGAGUGGAUCAGAAAUCGGACAGUUACGCAUAUAUUUUAGAAACAUUUUCAUCCUCUCCUGCAGCGACAGAAGGGAGCAUGGGCUUAUAUUAGUUAGAUUGCUUUCGACCCAAUUACAUGGAUUUAUAUAUCUAUAUACGCUUAUUGUGUUGUACAUUGUGUAGAUUUGGAAUGCGACAGUUGAGCCACAGAGCAAUUUUAAAAUAAUGCUAGGGAAUCGUGACAGUGCGAGACUGGUAAAAAUAUAUGUGAUUGUAGCCAAAAAGAAGUGUUGUAAAGUUUUAGAAUUCGAGGACGAAUUCUUUUGAAGAAGGGGUGUAUGUUGUAAAGCAAAUGACAUACACUUUCGAUAAUUACAAAACAAUUAAAACAGAAUCGAAUGUGUAGGAAGUUAAUGAGUGCAAGUAAAUUUCUUUAAGUGUCAGUAAGUGUAGAGAUUGUUCUCGAAGUAAGAAAGGAUGGAACAUUUCAAAGUCACAUAUAGUUGGAUCUGAUUGGUAAAUUUUUCUAUAGAUUUGCACGUUUCUAACACGUGUAAAACUCAUGCAUACUUGAGAUGGACAAGGUCCAAGCAUGAGUAAUUCGGAAAAUAUUUUAAAUAUUUUAAAUUAAAAACAAGUCUCAUUGAAAUUACUAAAUUAGGAAAUAUUGAAUAGCGUUUUGUAAUAUGAGAAUGUAAAAUUCUUUGGGAAAAUAGCGUAUAAAUACUUGCAGAUUCCGUGAAA